UUUCAACCUCCAAGGAGCACAAAACUACCACAAACCAUGAUGUGCAGCCCAAGGGCCAAAACCACCUCCUAACCAACCCUUUUCUUCAAGGAGGCAUCGUCGAGUUUUCUUUCUUAUUUUUUUCAUCCUCGAUACCCCGCGCGCCACUCUCAACCAUCAGGCGUUCGGUGUAGCACGUUGCAUUUCGUCACUGCCAUUUUCGAAUCAAGAUGUCCGAAUUUAUCGGCGCCAGAAUAUCUUUGAUAUCCCGGAGCGACAUUCGCUAUUCCGGUACACUCCACAGCAUCAACUCGGAUGACUCGACCGUCUCCCUCGAGAAUGUGAGGUCCUUCGGCACCGAGCACCGGAAAACAGACCCCGAGGAGUUUGUCCCGGCCUCGGAGCAGCUCUACGAGUACAUUGUCUUCCGAGGCACAGAUGUCAAGGACUUGAGGAUCGAAGAAGGUCCGGCACCUACCAAAGAGGAGAAGCCGCCCGCUGUUCCAAACGAUCCUGCGAUCCUUGGAGCUCGACCUCGGCCCGCCAAUGCCGCUCCUGGCCCGGCCGGUCCUCCUGGACCCCAAGGUCCCCAGGGCCCCCAGGGCCCGAUUGGUCACCCCGGUGCUCAGAACCAGCAAGGUCCUCCGCCCGGUCCGCCUGGUCCGCCAGGCCCGCCAGGCUUCGGUUACUUCCCGCCACACAUGGCAGGCUGGGGCCGCGCCGGUGGUCCCGGUCCCGGUCCCGGACCAGGCCCUGGCCCGUUCGGUGGCAUGCCGUACCCACCUCCGGGCUGGUUCCCGCCCGGGCAAGAAUUCCCUCCCAUGGGACACGGUCCGUGGAACCCCUAUGGUUUCCAACCUGGUCCUGGCGGUCCCCCGGGCGCUCCCGGUGCUCAAGGCGCUCCAGGUGCUCCAGGUGGACCGGGUGCGCCAGGCGCUCCUGGACAAGGCCGGCAGUCGGCGAACCAGCCCCCCAACGAUCAGGGACCGACACAAAAGCCGGCGCCGAUCGGGCCUGCCGCCGACAGGAAGCCCAUGACCCCGUCUCAACAGGCCGGGGGCACAUCUGAACCCAAGGCUACGAGCCAGGCACCCAAGCAGCCGGCCGCUGCGGCUGCGCCCCCGCCGCCGGUGGAGUCGAAACCCACAGUUGAGGAAGUGAAGGCGACGGCUGCGUCGCUUUCCAAUAACGCUCCAGCGGCCACAAACCAAACCGCGCCCAUUCCCACCGGGCCGAAGAGCAGCCGUCCCACACAGAUUCUGCCCGCAAUUCCUCUGCCAGCUGCUCUCACUGCCAAAGCUGCUCAGUCCCAGGCUCCGAAGCCGGCCGCUGAGCCCACCAGCGCUGCAGCAGCGGCGGCGGCUUUGAGGGACGCCACUCAGGCUGCCAAGGAUGCCGUAGCAGUUGCCAUGGCGCAACUCAAUACGCCAAACGCUGCACCGCAGCAGCAGCAGCCGGAGACAAAUGGCAUUGACAACCUAACCAAGAGAGUGGACGAGAUGAGGAUCAAUGCCGCCCGCACGGGUCAGAACAAUCGGGGUGGUCGCGGUCGCGGCCCUCGCCCCGCUAAGGUUGAGGUUCCCGACUCGGACUUCGACUUUGCUUCGUCCAACGCAAAAUUCAACAAGCAAGACGUCGUGAAGGAGGCCGUUGCAGGGUCUCCGCUUACCGAGACUGCGCCCUUCACAGAGGGCACCGUUCCGGAGGCUGCACCCGACGCCGCGGUUCCGGCUGAGGCGGCAUAUAACAAGACCAGGUCUUUCUUCGACAAUAUUUCGAGCGAGAUGAAGGACCGAGAGAAUGCGACGCAGAGACUGGGUGGCGCCCAGUGGCGUGGCGAGGAAACGCGCAAGAACAUUGAGACUUUUGGCCAGGGCAGCGUCGAUGGAGGCUACCGUGGUUUCCGCGGUGGGCGUGGGCGUGGCCGCGGCGGUCGUGGUCGAGGCUACCGGGGCGGGCGUGGUGGUAAUUCCGGCUUCCGCCCGCACCAGCAGCAGGCCCAGCCGGCGCCCCCCCAGUGAUCUCGAUUUACAUCUCAACAUAUACACCGCA